AUGCCUGGUAGCUCGGGGAGGAACACAAGCUCACACGAGGAUGCGCCGCUCACCCAGUCGCGAGAGACUGGAGACGUUAACCCCGAGUCGCGCCAAGGCGAUCCUAUAGUGAACCGCAACAAGGCAAAAACUGCCUUCUCAAAGUCAUGGGCGCACAUGGUGGCAGGCGGAAUCGGCGGCAUGACUGCCGCAACCUUGACGGCGCCCCUCGACGUGCUUAAGACAAGGCUUCAGUCCGACUUUUAUCAAGCCCAGAUCAGAGCUUCCAGAGCCGCCCACACUACCUCAAUGAACCCCCUCCGCACUGCCGCCUUCCAUUUCAACGAGACAAUAUCCAUUCUCUCCUCCGUAUACCGCCAAGAAGGGCCGCGUGCGCUCUUCAGGGGCCUCGGACCAAACCUGGUCGGCGUCAUCCCCGCCCGCUCCAUCAACUUCUUUACCUACGGCAACAGCAAGCGUCUCAUCACCGAGCAUCUGAACCACGGCAAGGACUCGGCCUGGGUACAUCUCACCUCUGCUGCGCUAGCAGGUGUCGUCACCAGCACGGCUACAAACCCGAUCUGGAUGGUCAAGACCCGGCUACAACUCGACAAGAACAUGGCGGCGGAAAGCGGCGGCGCCACCAAGCGUCAGUAUAAAAACAGCGUGGACUGUAUCCGACAAGUACUUCGCAAUGAAGGAAUCCAAGGCCUGUACAAGGGCAUGAGCGCGAGUUACUUGGGUGUCGCCGAGUCGACCAUGCAUUGGAUGCUGUACGAGCAGCUAAAACGAGCGCUGGUGAGGAGGGAGGAGCGCAUAUUGCGAAGCGGUAGAGAGAAGACCUGGUGGGACCACACGGUCGACUGGACCGGCAAGUUUGGCGCCGCAGGCGGAGCGAAGCUUGUUGCCGCCGUCCUGACAUAUCCGCACGAGGUUGCGCGCACGCGUCUUCGUCAAGCGCCCAUGGCUGACGGCCGGCCAAAAUAUACCGGCCUUAUCCAAUGUUUCAAGCUGGUGUUUAAAGAGGAGGGUAUGAUUGGCCUCUACGGCGGCAUGACGCCACACUUACUGCGGACCGUCCCCAGUGCGGCCAUCAUGUUUGGCAUGUACGAGGGUAUUCUACGACUCCUUCACACGCCGGCAUAA